UCUUAUAAUUCAUUAUUUAUAUGCUCUCUCUCCUGAGUUAACCCUCUAUAGCAUGGACUUAGGGUCAAGCAAUAGGAUUCGAAAAAGGUGAUAUCUCAACUAACCUCUUUGGAUUAUACAUGGGAUAAGGUCUACGCUUCGGUUGUGUUUUGUCUCCUAAUUUAUUGGCUAUCUUCGUAGGUAUUAACUCCAGUCCAGUAUCGAGGUAUCAAGGGGUUUACCACUAAACUGGAUAUACCUACGAUGGCUGAAGAGAUUCCUGAUCUUAAGGAACCCCCCGAGGCGAUUGAUGGGAAUGUUGAGCACGUCGAGAGCAAUGUUCACAUUGCUCGCAAAAUUAAUCAGCGCCAUGCGGACAUGUACGCCGAAGCCUUACUGCAAUAUCCGGAUGACCAUUCCAUUGAUCGAGAAGCCGAGAAGAAACUGAAGCGGAAACUUGAUAGACGCAUACUUCCUCUGCUGGGGAUAUGCUACUUCUUCUAUUACGUUGACAAGACAACUCUCUCCUACGCCGCCAUCUUCGGCAUCCAGUCGGACCUGCACCUGAAAGGGGCCGAGUACUCGUGGCUCUCGAGCGCCUUCUACUUCGGCUGGCUUUUCUGGUCCAUCCCGUCGAACCUCAUCAUGCAGCGCUGUCCGCCCGCGUACUACCUGGCGUUCAACAUCUUCAUGUGGGGGGCGCUCUUGAUGGCCCAAGCCGCAGCUAAAGAUUUCGCCGCCCUGACUGUUUUGAGAAUCCUUUCCGGCGCGUUCGAAGCCAUCGCGGACCCGGCUUUCAUGCUCAUUACGUCGAUGUAUUACACGCGCGAGGAACAGCCUUCUCGCAUCUCGGCCUGGUACGCUUGGAACGGCGUUGGCAUAGCUGGUGGUGGCCUCAUCGGCUACGGAAUCGGUCAAAUCGAAGGCGCGCUUCGCUCAUGGCGAUACGAAUUCAUCGUCGUGGGGGCGCUGUGCACGUUCUGGAGCAUCGUACUAUUACUCCUCUUACCAAAUUCGCCCACGACAUUCUGGGGCUUCAGUAAGCAAGAACGGCUGCUCAUGAUAGCCCGCGUGCGCCGCAACCAGACCGGAGUCGAGCACCAGAAGAUCAAAUGGGGCCAAGUCAAGGAGGCCUAUCUCGACUACAAGACCUGGCUGUUCGUGCUGUUCGGGUUUCUCGGCGCGAUCCCAAACGGCGGCAUAUCCAAUUUCUCAACGCUGGUUAUCCAAGGGCUCGGGUUCGAUACUCUGCACACGGCCCUGCUAGGCAUUCCGCAGGGUGUCCUUAUCGUCAUCUGGAUUGCCCUUGGCGCGGUGGUCAAUAAGUACAUGCCGCCGGAUAACCGCACAACUGUUUCCGCCUUGUUCAUGCUGCCUACGAUAGCGGGGGGACUGGGCUUCUUGCUUGCCCCUCCCGACGCUUACGUCGGGCGGCUGAUCUGCUUCUACCUGACUGGAUCUUAUCAGGCGUCUUUCGUGAUUUCCUUGUCUCUAGUAACUAGCAACACUGGAGGACAGUCUAAGAAAAUGAUCGUGUCGGGGAUGGUAUGGUUUGGCUCGUGCGUCGGUAACAUCGCGGCACCCUUCUUUUACAAGUCAGAGCAGGCGCCGUCGUACCACUUAGGCAUCGGGUCUCUCCUCGUAGCCAACGUCGCCGAGUUCCUCCUGUUCUUCGUUUUCCGGUACGCGUUCAAGUGGGAAAACAGACGAAAGGAGAAAGCCCGCGCCGCUUUGCGCGAAACGGGGGUGAUUACGGAUAGUACGGAGGGUUUGAAUGCUACGGCGUUCCAGAACUUGACGGACAAGGAGAACCCGAACUUCGUUUAUGUAUAUUAGACCCUGGACUAGAAUAGCUUCCUAAAUUAUACGUUUAUUGCGGAAUGAAACCAUUUCGGAUUCGGAUUGCAGAUCAUAGAACCUUUCGCGUCCAAUGCACCCAGCCAAAA